CGAGAAGCACUUUUAUCACCGAGUUCUCAUUGAAAUUCGGCCUAAGUUCAUGCAAAAUCUAAUUUUAGACUGCGACUCUUUACAGAGAGAGAGUGAGAGAUAAAGACAAAGUGAUAGAGAGAUUUUCUGUAAAUAUUGCAGUAUUUGGUGGGAUUUGUUGGGAUAAGAUGCAUUCACUAAGUUUGAAUUGGUUUCAAUGUAGAUUUUACAGAUGGAAAACAGAAGGAAUUUAUGUGUUUUCAAAGUUGAAUCACGCUUAUGUUGAUUUGCGAGAUCAUGUGGCCAAGUGGAUAACACAACGCGCGCUAUUAUGUAAGGUUUGGGGGGAAAGAAGAAUAAGACAGUAGAGAUAUUUUCAGUGUCUGAAGUAAAUAAUAUUCACAGCGAGUAGUUCUAUAAAUCUAGAAAGAAAUUCAAUCUCAAUCGCACAAUAUUAUUACAAUUAUUCGUACAAUAUUAUAGGGAUAAGAUUUAUGGAAUCUUCAAAAGGGUUCUAAGAGUUUGGUAACUUGACUGUUUAUUUUUUGUCAUAAGUUUACUUUUUAGGAGCAUCAUAUAAAAGGUAGGUAGAAAAAAACAUCCAAACCAAAGAAAAUAAUGAUAUCACGCGAUUUUCAAGAGUGUACUUGAAAAUUUGGGAUUUAAAACUAGUAGGUUUGUCCGUUUUGUUUUGAGAUUUAAGUUCAAGUUAUACCGCGACACAAAAUUUAGCAUUGAGCAACCCCUUGUGCUACACCCAAGGACACCCAGUAAUUUUCAUCGUUUUCAUCGAUAAAGUGUGAACAUCUCUAGUGAAUGUCAGAGGGCGUGAGUGUCGAGCUUCCGUGGCGUCUUGUGUUUUGACAGUGCAGUUCCAUUUUUUCGUCGCGAAGAAAAUCACUUUUCUGGGCCUCGCUCUUCGUCUGGGGCGCUACUUGUGAGCACAAAUUCACACAGAAGGAGCUUCUGCUUAGUAUCGUGUAUUGGGCGAUUGACGAAAUGUACGGCAAAUCGAAGAAUUCCACGGUGCCGUCUGACGCCCAAGCGAGGGAGAAACUCGCACUAUAUGUGUACGAAUAUCUGCUGCACGUAGGCGCACAGAAGGCAGCGCAGACUUUCUUGUCGGAGAUUCGAUGGGAGAAAAACAUCACACUGGGUGAGCCACCAGGCUUCCUGCACUCAUGGUGGUGUGUCUUCUGGGACCUGUAUUGCGCCGCUCCAGAGCGUCGUGAUCAGUGCGACCAUUCGAGCGAGGCCAAGGCCUUUCAUGACUACGGUUUUGUGAGCUCCGGAUACGGCGUGAAUGGCAUGCCACACAACACUGGUCCUGCUCCGAGUCCACUGGGGCAAAUGGCACCCAAUGAUGGGAUGUCUGGAGGUCCAAUGGCACCCAACUUCUUCCCUCCAUUCAUGGGCGCUCCGCGAUAUCCGCAAGGGCCUCGUCCUGGUGUUCGAAUGCCGCAGGGCAUGGGAAAUGAGUUCAAUGGGCCACCAGGACAGCCGAUGAUGCCCAACAACAUGGAUCCGACGCGUCCGGGUGGACCACCGGGCAUGGGACCGAUGAAUCCGCGCAUGAAUCCUCCGCGUGGCCCCGGUGGCUACGGUCCGGUCGGUAUUCGUCCCCCACCGCCCAAUAGUAUGAUGGGAGGUCCAGGGCCUGGUAUGCCGCCAGGCAUGGGCAUUGCGGGUCGACCACAGUGGCAGCCUAACACGUCUUGCUCCGCCUCGUCACCCGGAACGUACGGCGGACCUCCUGGACCUGGCACACCUAUCAUGCCGUCUCCGCAGGACUCCAGCAAUUCGGGUGGCGAGAGCAUGUACACGAUGAUGAAACCAGUGCCCGGAGGCAACAUGGGCGGAGAGUUCCCGAUGGGCGGCGGGCCGGAUGGCGGUCACAUGGGCCCAGUGCUGAGUGGCGACGGUAUGGACGGUAUGAAGAACUCCCCGGCCAAUGGGGGUCCCGGAACGCCCCGCGAAGACUCCGGCAGUGGCAUGGGUGAUUACAACUUGGGCGCAUUCGCGGGACCAGGUGAAAAUACGGAAUCAGCGGCAAUUUUGAAGAUUAAGGAGAGCAUGCAAGAGGAGGCGAAGCGCUUCGAGAAGGAUUCCGAUCAUCCAGAUUACUUCAUGCAGUAGAGAGAAUCUCUUGCUUUUCUUCUCGGGCUGACUUAUAAGAAUUAUUAUAUAAGCUUAAAUAUGGAUUGGAUAUGAUAAUCUGUAGUAGAAUGGCAUGUGUAAGUUAAUUUUAAAUGUUUAAAAUCACUGAAAAUCAUAUUGAAUAAAUUUACGAUGAAUAUCAAGUGUCGAAGGGUUCUUUUCUUACUACGUAGGAGGCUUUUCUCUCGAAGCUCAUCUGAUAAGAACGAUUUUAGGA